AUGCACAUAAUUCUCCUGUGCAUGGCAACAUGGGUCCAGAGUGUCGUGUGUGAUGAACUCGUUCUUGUGCAAACGGUAUUCCGACAUGGCGACCGCGCUCCAAUGGCAGGCAGUACUUCUCGAGAAUCAGAGAGCUACUACUUCAGAGGCAAGGAACAACUUACCGAUAAAGGACUUCAACAGGCUCAUCAACUGGGAGUGAGCCUGCGACGGCGAUACGUCGACAACGGUUUCCUUGAUGCGCGGUACCUCCCAUCUCAGGUGGUGUUCAGGAGCAGUCCCGUGGAGCGUUGCCUUAUGACAGCAUCUGCUGCAGCAUCUGCAAUGUUCAAUACCACCGAAUACGGACAAUCAAUCGCUAUCCCAAUAUUCACUGUUCCCAAGAAGGAUGACUACUAUGACAUGCUGAUCGAAUUGUUAAAGCAGGAAUCGGAACGGUUAAACUACACCCGUGUAGUUGGCAAUCGAUUGCACGUGUUCGAGCCGCUGUUUCUCGAGGUACAACAACUUCCUUCUAACGUGCAUUCUUGGGCAAAUGUGUAUCAUCUCAAUGUAACAUGGAUUUGCUUUGUAAUUGCGAGAAAACUGCAUCAUCUUUGG